AUGUCUCUUCCUUAUCUCAAGUCGUUGAAAAAGCCUGAGUUGGCCGAGUUGGCCGAUCAGACCGAACUCCCAAACUACAAUGACUAUAACAAGAAUGAUCUUGUCGUAGUUCUGGACAGACACCUCCGUGAAAACCGCUCAAUCUUCUCCGGGCUCAAGAGUCUCUCUGAAUACUACUUACGCCUGGCCUCUCCACCCCGCAGAGGAGGAUCGCCCGUGAAGCGCGAAUCCGCGCGAACCCCGGCACGAACCCCGGCACGCCGCUCUACUAAGAAGGAAGUGAGGGAAGAGGAAACGGAUGAAAAUAACGAGGAUGCGGAAGAACCCGAGCCCAGCCCAACUGUAAUCAGCCCGACACCAGCUGUGGGGCGCACGAGCGCACGCCAGUCUGCGCGCCAAACACCCCAACAGACACCCCGUCAACCAGCAGUUCUCUCUACCGUCGUGGACUCAGAGCCAUCGCUGCCCGCAUCUCCAGCUGCCAUCACCGAAGCUAUCGACGCACAGACGCUCAAGUUGCGCGAGAGAAUUGAGGAUGCAUGGACUGCAUCGGGCUUAGUAGAGCGGGCGCAUUCUCUGCGAGCAACGCUGAGCAGCGGGAAGGCGGUUGAGAUCAUCGUGCUGCUGCUUGAAAGCGGCAGUCUUGCGAAAGAGUUGAUCCCGAUACGCUUCCUUACCACUACACCGGUUGUGCAAGCCGUACAGAUCCCGGCGAUUCGGAUCCGGGUUCCUGAUUUAUUUGUGCUGCUGGAAGGAACGUUCUGGGGGCCGUUUUCGCUGUGGUUCCUUACUUGUCUGCUUUUGCCUUUGAUUUCUGCCUACUUUAUCAACUUGAGCUGGAAUGCUUCUAGCAGUACGCGCCGCACCCAGUCUGCGCCUAAUCUCGCCCAGUUUGAUCCGUUGACGUUCAACAUCGUCAAAGCCUUGCUCGUGCACAUUGUGUUUGGCAAAGGUUUCAACUUCUUUGGUUUCUAUAGUCGGUAUGCUAUUGGGAAGGUAAUUGACUCCGUCCCUGGUGGAGACCUUGGUAUCUUGACUGGAUCCGCUAUCGGUGGUGUGACUGCUCUGUACGAAGCUAUUCUGCACCGCCCAUAA